AUGAAGCUCUUCUACAUCGGAAUCUUGCGAAAUGAAGACAGGCCUGCUGUCGAACUAUGCCGUGAGAUGGAUCUCAGCAGCUUUUCCCGCUUCACAAGGGACAGCUACGGCGAAUUCAUGACCCUCUUCUGUAAGACAGUUGCUGAACGCACACGCCCCGGACAGAGACAAGACAUCGAGGAGAAAUCGUACACAUUCCACGUCUACGGCCGGUCCGAAGGCGUAGCGGGCGUCAUCAUUUCAGACCCGGACUACCCUGCCCUCGUAGCUCAUCAGCUUCUCUCCAAGAUCGUCGAUGAGUUCCUCGUCAAGCACCCUCGCACAUCCUUUAUUGGCAAGGACGUAGGUGGUCCUCUUGACUUCCCGGAGUUGAAGGAAUACCUUGUCAAAUACCAGGAUCCCACCCAGGCAGAUAGCAUCAUGAAGAUCCAGAAGGAGCUGGAUGAAACCAAGAUUGUUCUGCACAAGACUAUUGAGAGCGUGCUGGAAAGAGGGGAGAAGAUUGACAGCCUUGUUGCAAAGAGUGAUGGUCUAAGUGCGCAGAGUAAGAUGUUUUAUGGCCAGGCCAAGAAGCAGAAUAGCUGCUGCGUUGUUAUGUAA